AUGCGAGGGUGCCGAGGCGAAGCGAAUUAUUGGCGGAAGCCGUUGCUGGGAAUGAGUGUGUUGAUGGCUGGACAGAUUGUCAUUGUGCCGACGAAUGGGCGCGAUCAACUGACGUGUGGUCUGGCCGCUGAGGAGAAGCGCGUGGUCUAUCAGUGCGUGCCAUUGUCGGUGCUGGGGUCUCUGUUACCGAAGACGCUGGAGGCACGACGUAUGAUGGACCUGCGGUCGACGGUGGUGAGGAUGACCGAGGCCGCGCGACGAGAGCACCGACUAGCGGUCGGCCGGAAACAUCCUGGACUCAGCUCGGAGCAACUCGCCAAGGCCAGAGAAAAAUUGAGACAGGCCGCAUUAGUCAAGCAGGGAGAUGCCGACAGGGCCAGAGAUGAAGCAUUCGCCAAACUCUGCGUGGAGCAUUUUGACAGGAUCAGGCAAGCCGAAUUAGCCAGAAUCGAAGAAGCCGAUGACGACGCCACAAACCGGUCACCGCGAAACGUGUCGGAUGAUGAUGCAUCAAACAUGAGCGCUGCAUCGCACUCUAGCUGUGGCUCAGACGUGAGCGGUCACAGCUGGGUCGCCGCCGGACGGCCAGAUCCGGGUGUUGAAAAUUUGCGGUCGCUUGGAACCCCGCCGACGGCCGAAGAGGAGGCAGAUGAAGAGGCGCGUGAGACAGCCAGAGCGGCGUUCUUCGCCAUGCUUCGGGAAGGAGAUGAUAGCCAAGGAGACGAUAGCCAAGGAGAUGAUAGCCAAGGAGAUGAUAGCCAGUCUGUGGCGGGCCCAACUGACGACAAUGAGGACUCGCACAUAAGCGCAAGGUCCAACAUAAGUGCAAGGUCCAACAUCAGCGGUAGGUCCAACAUCAGCGGUAGGUCCGACAUCAGCGGUAGGUCCGACGUGAGCGGUGGGUCCAACGUGAGUGCGAGUACGUAUGGCGAUUCUCAGAGCAGUGACGCGCGCGAAAGGAGUGCGGAGGAGUUCAAUGCGUUCUUCGAGAACGAGAUUAAUGAGUAUGUCUCGGAGGGAGAGGAGUCUCGUUCUCAACGUCGUUCUCAACCAGCUUGGCGGACUCGGCAUGGGCCGCCUCCGAUUGAGAGGUUGCGAACUGUAGCCCGAGUGAACUUGAAUGCGGAGUUUGGGGCUGAGCCGGAGUUUGCUGUGGACCCGUUUGGUGAGCGGCUAGAUGCGGCUGACAGGGAUCGGAUUGUGUCGAACUUGCUCGAGUGGCCAACUUGGACGCUGGGUGCGGUUGCAUUGGGUGGAGACAAGUUGCGCAGUCGUGGGCACCGUCGUCUUGCGGGUGAAAGAACACGGAAAUUGUUGGAAGAACGCGCGCAAAUAAUCUGGCCUGUGGCGACAGCACCGACGGUUGAAGCGUUAACAUCUUUGGUGAAGUACGAGGAUGUCGCAGAAGAGUGUCGACGCCGUGUGAAUUGGUAUUGGGAGCACCGCCACGACGCCAAACUGUUUACACGCAAGACGGGUUGCGGUGUGGAUCGUUGCGACAAAGUCUACGAAGGCUCCUUCUUCCCGGAGUUGGAUAAAGACGAAAUCUUCAUCGCACUCCGCACAGUACAACGUCGACCGAGACGCAAGUCGCACAGUCCCCCCAACGUUAAUUGGAGUAAAGCGAACUGUCCUGGCGUAACCUUGGGGCUAGCAUCUCGUUCACGAAAGCUUGCAAUCAGGAACUUCAGACACCUACAAUCAAACAUCAGCCAAGGCCGCGCUUUCAGACACAGUAUCGGACGCAUCGCAGACGCCGUCAUACCCGGUGUGAGCGGCGCUCUUCUCUGCAAACCAUCACAAAAGGAACCUCGUACACUUACCCCACGGAAGAUUACCCCACGGAAAAAGUUCGCUUGCUAA